GGCAUUUUACGAAGCUGAGGAUGAGUUUCACGCUCCCCAAAAGCGAAUCGACGACUUCCUUACUGAGAUCCUCCGCACCGGCCAGGAGCGAUCAUCCCGGAGCCCGGCGGAUACACCAUCAGCGCUCCGCGGCGGCGGCGGCAUCUGGAGCGGAGACGGCGGAUUGCGAUGCGAGCUCGCGGAGACCCCUUUGUCACCCCUCACUGGUCGGUACUCGGAAUAGCGCAGAGAAGAGCCACCCACAACACUCCCAUUCCCAUGGACACGCUCUUUCCACGGCUCACAGUCAGGAGGACCUGUCGGAGCUUCCAGAUGGAAGAGAGCGCAAGACAACCAGACUACACCACCAUCAUCAUCAUCAUCACCAUCACCACAACCGCCACCAUCACCAUCACCGCCACCGGUCCACCCGGGACGACCUGCCUCAGGAGCCCCGACCCAAGCACUCUCACGUCGCUCGCAUGCCCACCAGAACUCAGUCUUUCUCCGAGUCCAGGGACGAAACUGCUCUGUUUUUUGAGUCACCCCAACUGGCUCGACCGGGGUCUUCAUCGAGCAGAGAGGCGUGCCCAGCCUCCACCGCCUCAUCCUCGCCGGUGCCCGCUUCCUCCAGCCGCUCCUCCCGCAGGUCGAGGAGGUCCAGCGCAGCAUCUUCUGAAGCGGACUUCAACCUGCGGCCGUUCCUCAGCUCAGUGUUCGGACAGAAUCGAGAGUUGAGACCUGAAGAGAUUGAUGAGUUACAAGAUGCGUUUAAGGAGUUUGAUAAAGAUAAAGAUGGCUUUAUCAGCUGUAAAGACCUGGGGAACUGCAUGAGAACGAUGGGCUACAUGCCCACCGAGAUGGAACUAAUAGAACUCAGCCAGCAAAUCAACAUGAACUUAGGUGGCCAUGUGGAUUUCGAGGACUUUGUAGGGUUGAUGGGACCUAAACUCCUAGCAGAGACAGCAGACAUGAUCGGCGUUAAAGAGCUGAGAAACGCCUUCAAAGAGUUUGACACAAAUGGGGAUGGAGAAAUAAGCACAGGAGAGCUAAGGGAAGCUAUGAGGAAGCUGCUGGGACAACAGGUUGGUCAUCGAGACCUAGAGGACAUACUGAAAGACAUCGACUUAAAUGGAGACGGCCACGUAGAUUUUGAAGAGUUUGUGCGAAUGGUGUCCCGCUGAGAGGGCAGCAUUCAUAUGGUUUCUCCAACAGAAGAAAGUGAGAUGCUGUACGGCUUCCUGCUGGUCAAAGCGGACAGACUAUUAGACUACUGCAAGAAAAGCCUUGCUGAGCCAGUGCAUGGUAUAAAAACUGAAAACUGGACUUUUUGGAGAAAGAAAAAAACUCACACACAAACAAAAAAGUACACACUUAUACUGUAGCCAAGAGUCUCUGCACUUUCAACCAUGCAAGACCAAACAAUAUAUGACUUUUACAUGCAGAUUUGAAGGAGAGUACCAUGCUUGAUUAUGGCAAUAUUACAUUAAGUGUUGUCCCUGUUGACCCCUAUAUGUACAUGUGUCUCUUUGUAAUAAGGUAGGUGAAGAAAAUGGAGCCCGGUCUCAUGAAAAUGCGUAUAAAUAGUA